AUGGCGGCGGCGGCCUCUCUGUGCCGGGGGAACGCUUGGCAGCAGUGGAGAUACAGGCUUCUGGAGCGGUUCUUCGUGUCGCGAACGCUGUGCCGGGGGAACGCUUGGCAGCAGUGGAGAUACAGGCUUCUGGAGCGGUUCUUCGUGUCGCGAACGAAUACUGUACAGGUUGCAGGAUAUAGAUGGUGCCUUAUCACUUCUCAUGGCUUGCACUCAACAGUAUAUGAUCCAAAUGAAAAGACCUUUGAGAAGCUUCUUAUUGCAAACAGAGGAGAAAUUGCCUGCAGGGUAAUUAAAACAUGCAAGAAGAUGGGAAUUAAAACAGUUGCCAUACACAGUGUUGUCGAUUCCAGUGCUGUCCAUGUGAAAAUGGCCGAUGAAGCAGUCUGUGUUGGCCCAGCUCCCACUAGUAAAAGCUACCUCAACAUGGAUGCUAUCAUGGAAGCCAUUAAAAAAACGCGGGCCCAAGCUGUCCACCCAGGAUAUGGAUUCCUUUCAGAAAAUAAAGAAUUUUCCAAGCGUUUGGCUUCGGAAGGCGUUGUUUUCAUCGGACCAGAUAUGCACGCCAUUCAAGCAAUGGGGGACAAGAUAGAAAGCAAACUGUUAGCCAAGAACGCAAAGGUCAAUACAAUACCAGGUUAUGAUGGGGUGAUAAAGGAUGCAGAUGAAGCUGUCCGAAUUGCAAGGGAAAUUGGCUAUCCUGUGAUGAUCAAGGCUUCGGCAGGUGGUGGAGGAAAAGGCAUGAGAGUUGCAUGGAAUGAUGAAGAAGCCAGGGAAGGUUUCAGGUUUUCAUCUCAAGAAGCUGCUUCAAGUUUUGGCGAUGAUCGGUUAUUAAUAGAAAAGUUUAUUGAUAAUCCUCGUCACAUAGAAAUUCAGGUAUUGGCUGACAAACAUGACAAUGCAUUAUGGCUGAAUGAAAGGGAAUGUUCAAUUCAGAGAAGAAAUCAGAAAGUUAUUGAAGAGGCACCAAGCACCUUCUUGGAUCCUGAAACACGUAAAGCUAUGGGAGAACAGGCUGUAGCUCUUGCCAAAGCUGUAAAAUACUCAUCUGCUGGAACAGUGGAAUUCCUUGUGGAUUCAAAAAAAAAUUUCUAUUUCUUGGAAAUGAAUACCAGACUUCAGGUUGAACAUCCCAUCACAGAAUGCAUUACCGGCUUGGAUCUAGUCCAAGAAAUGAUCCGUGUUGCUAAGGGAUACCCUCUCAAGCACAAGCAGGCUGAUGUCCCCAUCAACGGCUGGGCGGUUGAAUGCCGAGUAUAUGCGGAGGACCCUUACAAAUCUUUUGGUCUGCCCUCUAUUGGCAGAUUGUCUCAGUACGAAGAGCCCCUGCAUGUCCCAAAUGUUCGAGUUGACAGUGGCAUACAGCAAGGAAGUGAAAUCAGUAUUUAUUAUGAUCCCAUGAUUUCAAAA